UCCAAAACUGUCCGUCUCUCGCCUUAUGGGUACACCCUGGACAAGUGUUACCAAGAACUGCUUGGUAGGAGACAUACUCCGGAAUGUGAUUGCGCCGUUGGCGUUGAGGCUCUGGUACGAACACCAUGUCCUGGACUGCAAUCGUUCCAAUUUUCCCUUUCUGACCGCAAUUGCCUGGAUUCGUCGUACAACUCGGGGGAUUGGUGGACUUGCGAUUUGCUGGGCUUCAAGCCCAGAAGGCCGCCGGAUGAUCUCAUAGUCACCUACGCACCCAGCUCGAUAGCUCGAAGCCGCAAACACCGACGCCUGGCUAGAAUGCGACAGCUGCUAGGAGACUCGGCCAGCAGGCCGCUUCGGUCAAUUGCUGGCGGCGGUGUAGGCUGGGCCAUCAAGCGGGUCUGUUGGGCAAAUGAACAGAGGCAAGACAGCAGGCUCCCUACCUCAAGCUUGGAUCGCAAGAAGGAGACCGGGAGGUCAGUUAUGAUGGCGCCCACGGGUGAUGAGACCUACAUCUACGGCCACUUCACCGAAGAUGACGGCCCGUUCAUUCCCACAUUGGGAGGAUCCUCCCCGCCGCCCGCAUACGAUGUGGCAGUGGCUGAGAGAGUUCGUCGAGCUCCAGCUUCCCAUCGUCUGGAUCAGAAUCCUCAAAUUAUUCCUGCUUUUCCAACGCCUCAAUAUGGGACUCAAGACCAGGGACACAUCAGCUCCGUCUCCCCCAAUUUCGCCCACGGCGGAUAUGCGGCCGUGAUGUCUGGGACUGGAAUGGCUGAGAUGGCUUGGGCACCGGGUCUAAUCGUCCAGGGGCCAAACCCCCCGCCAUCACAUCAUUCAGCACAGUCAGUCCAGGUCAGCCACAAUCUGAGCACUCUCUCAUCGCCCAUUCUCAUUUCACCCGCUCAACAAUCGACAACAUCUACAGCACCCACGAACUCCAACGAUACAUGGACUCCGGAGCAGAAUCGAUUCAUCUUCCGGCUCGACAAAGUCGAAGGAAAAUCCCUUCAGAAAAUCUCCAUUGCUCUCGAGCAUGUGUUCCACGUGGAGAGAGAUGCCGACACGAUUGCGAGACAAUUGGCCUUUUUGCGGGCAAGAGGUAAAGCGUGGAGUGACGACCUGUCUGUUACAGAAAACUUGGGCAGCAUUCAACAACCUGACAGCACUACAACCUCCACCGGUACUUCCACUGCAACAAAUGAUAAGCAACUAGCCGACGUCAGGUUGGCGAUACGUCUGGAGCUGGAGCAGAGGCUAAGGGGCAGUUUGGCCAGUGAUUUGGAGCAGAGAAUGUUUAAUGACCAGAGGGAGAGGAAUGCCGAGUAUACCGCUAUGAUGACGAUGGAUCUUGGCAAGGACUCGAUUGAGGAUUAUGAGAUUGUUUGA